AGAGUGGAUUGAUCAGAAUUUCCUCUGAUCUACUCAACCAGUGGGGGUUCUAGUCUUGAUAGCAAGGAGAAACCGCAGGUGCCAAAAUAGGUCGCAACUGAUUUUCUUGCCUUAGACAGGUCGGCAGGUUUGGAUGCAAGAUUGUGUGUUAUUACUCUUUCACUAUUUGAAUUUCUCAAAGAAACAUCUUCUACUACAUCAGUGCUAACAUUCAGAGAGUUUACACCUUGAUCUUGGGCUGACAAUUCAGAAUCAUUCUCAUGGACUCCAUGACCCUUAAGUGUUAAGUUGUCAUCCCAUUCGGCUUUGUGGCCAUCGCCUGUGUACGAACUUGUAGGCCUCCCUAUUUCCACCUACAUGCUGUCAAUGACGUUGCGGAUUUAUCCGCCGCUGCUUCACUGGAAGGGACCUUCUGCGGAGGACACGGACAAACUCCAAUAUCUUCAAUCUGUCGGCUGAGUUCCUGACAGAGCUGCAACAAUUUCAAGUGAAUCCACAAAAUCGUUGUUAUCGUAUGGUUCCUUUUUCUUUAAUCAGGCAUGCAGUGGAGCGAAUGAGUUCUUUCAGAACUGAAACCAUGUUAGACACAACUGCAAUGGCUCUUUCAGCAAUUGUCAUUGCGAGGUUCAAACUUUGUGUUUGAAUUCAUCUGUUAGACUUGGGUUCCUGAGUGGCCAACAUGUUAACUUGGUCGUGAUGCCAAAUCUCAACCAAAACAGUACCAUCACCCACUGGGAGAGGCUGUUUCCAAGGCUCCCUAGCAAUCCUCAUGUGUGUAUGAUCUGCCGCACUGUUGUGGCUGCAGGAGAGGUUGCUUCGUGUCUUAGCUACGCAUUUCCACUUGCAGCUGAAGUGCAUCCGUUCUGCUGUGUUGAACUCCAUCGUUUUAUUUAGUUACGUGGAUUGGCCCAAUUGCUUUGAAAUGGAUGCACAAACUGUUAGUUUGUUGCUGUCAAAUGAUGCUUGGAUCGGAUUCCUGCUAGAUGAAGCUUCACGAUUGAGCACUGGCAUGUUUGAAGUGUUAGCCACAAGUGUUGUAUGCUUCAUGACAGGUUCCUCACGACCAUUAGGAAGAGCUUGAGCGGACGCGGGGUUAUAAGAACCUAUACAAAACAGCUUUUAGAGGGGCUCGAAUAUCUUCACAAUAACAGAAUUAUUCAUCGGGAUAUUAAGGGUGCAAACAUUCUAGUUGAUAACAAAGGGUGUAUUAAACUCGCAGACUUUGGUGCAUCCAGGAAAGUCGUGGAAUUGGCUACCAUAAAUGGAGCAAAGUCUAUAAAGGGUACCCCACACUGGAUGUCACCUGAAGUUAUUUUACAGACAGGAUAUACAACCUCUGCUGAUAUAUGGAGUGUUGCAUGCACUGUGAUAGAGAUGGCCACAGGAAAGCCUCCAUGGAGUCAACAGUAUCCCCAGGGGGUGUCAACUCUUUUCUACAUUGGGACAACUAGAUCUCAUCCACCAAUACCUGAACAUCUGUCUGCUGAGGCAAAGGACUUUUUGCUGAAAUGCUUUCACAAGGAACCGGAUUUAAGACCUUCUGCAUCAGACUUGUUACUGCAUCCAUUCAUCACAUGCGAGUAUCAGGAAUCUCAUUCAAUAUCACGCAGUUCAGUCAGGGACUCUUGCAAUCGGAUGGCAACAGAUGGGAUGAACUCUAGGAACUUUUUGGAUUCUAUCCAAGGAUCAACGUGUACAGGCCUAAAGGAUGUUUGUCAGAUGGAUAGUUUAAGGUUCUCGAAUGCAAAUCUUCUAAAACCAGGUUCCUACCAGGGAGCAGGAAACUAUGACGAUGACAUGUGUCAGAUGGAUGAUGAAGAUGAUAUUUUCGCUGCAUCAUCAGUAAAAGCUAACCCUCUACUUGCUGCUGACGACAUAAAGAGUUUCAAUCCAAUGUGCGAACCUGUGGAGGAUGGCUGGUCUUGCAAGUCAGACGAAACACUAAAUUUAAAGAAAAGCAGAUUGAACUUGUCCCCAGAUCAAACUAUUAGGAUAACUAUGAGUCCCAAACCAUCUCCUAAUGCAGAGAAGGAGUUUUCAUUUUCAAGUGAACCUCUUGGAGUUGAAGAUGAUGAUGAAGUGACAGAGUGCAAAAUUAGAGCUUUCCUGGAUGACAAGGCAUUCGAACUGAAUAAGCUCCUGCACGUCCUUAAAUCAAUUUAAUGUGCAUGGUAAUCAGUUAAGCGGUUCUAAUCCCUUGAGCUUUCGCAAUCUUGAGAGUUUGACUUAAAUCUCUCUGCGAAAUAACUUUAAAGGGAUUAUACCAAUUGAGUUAGGCCGUAUCAUACAUCUUGAUACAUUUGACCUAUCUGGCAAUGAUUUUUUCCGGUCACGUCCCAGCAUCUGUUGGUUCUUUAGAGCAUCUUUUGACUUUGAACUGGAGUCGGAGCCAUCUUGAUGGUCCCUGGUCUGCUGAAUUUGGGAAUCUCAGAAGCAUACAGAUUAUUGAUAUGUCCUUCGACAAUCUGUCGGGUAGCAUUCCUCCAGAGUUUAGACAACUGCAGAACCUUGCCUCUCUGAUUUUGAACAACAAUGACCUGCACGGAAAGAUUCCGGAGCAGCUCACCAAGGCUAUUCCAGCGAACCAAUUUCAAUUCGGCAAAGGCUACCGUAGUGAAGCCAAGUUAACGAUAUCGUGCCCGAACAGGCUCUACAAUAUUGGUUUAGCACACAGAUAGUUGAGGUGUAAUUAAAACAUUUUCAAAAAUUCACAAAGGUAAUUUAAUUAUUACCAACAGUAAAUGGAUUUGGUUGAGAAGAAGAAGGGGACCACAAGCUGAAUAUGGACAAAAACUUCCCAACCUCCGUACAGACACUUCCCACUACUCUGAGAAGACACAGCAACACAGCAGAGAGGGGAUGAGUGGUAUAUAAUA